CGCGAAAAUUUGCUUUGCGAAAUGCAACAUGGCGGACCAAAGGUGAACACGUUCUGAGAAGUUCUGAGAGAAAUAAUCGUUGUUGUUCGUUUUGCGAUCAUGACUCCAUUUGUAGAAGGGUGGGAUUUUGUAGAAACACUCGGUGAAGGUGCUUAUGGCGAGUGAGUUCUUUAGAUCUUUAAUCUGUUAUUUGCGCUUCUUGAUGCUGGCGCGUCGUCAAUUUCUCACGUGUGUCUCCAUGAUGUCAAAUCAAAUUACUCGUUUUCGUGUCUUUAGAGUAAAGUUGGCUGUGAACAGAGACACCCAAGAAGCGAUUGCUGUGAAGAUCAUUGAUUUAGAGAAAGCUGCUGAGAAAGAUUGUUAUGAUAAUGUUAGAAAAGAGGUUGGUGAUACGAUAUAUUUAAAUGAUAAUCUCCCUUUAUUGAAUUCGAACUUCGAAAUAGACACAGAUCGAGGCUUUUGUGUCAUUCAUUAAAGCUUUAAACAUGCGCCAUUGUUCUAAGGUAAUGGGAUAAAUCAAUACAUUUGAACAGACAAUUUUUAUUGUUUGUUAAACUUAGAUUUGCAUUCAUCGUAUGCUUCAAGAUGUACAUGUCAUUCGAUUUUACGGCCAAAGAACAGAGGGCAAGAAACAGUACUUGUUUCUGGAGUGCGCAAGCGGUGGAGAGCUCUUCGACAGGAUAGGUAAGGAAAUUCUGAUAUUCACUAACACAUUUUGUAAUCGUUAGGAUCGUUUGUGGCAACGAGAUCAUAAAGCUGGCUGCUAACAAACCAGGAUAUUUAAAGUUCAAAACAUUAAGAAUCCGAUUAGUGUAAAAGGAGAUUAAGCUUAGGCCCGGUUCAGACGCCGCUCCACUAGCUUGUUCCAGGCUCUCAGAUAGUGGGGAAGACGCGAAAGUAAAAGGCACGCGAAAAGUUGGCAGGGCGAAAAAGAGGAAACGAAGGGGAGAGAGCCUGUAAUCAUUUCUUCUACGAAUUCUCACGGUUAGUGUUUUACAGAUCCAGAUUUCGAAGAAUGGUGUACCAAACUUGUGGGGUAUACUCUAAACUCAUGUACUCACGAAUUGUACUCGGCAAAUCCUUGUUUUUAUUCUCCUCGUGGUUUUCCAAUGCAUCUCUAAUAUUAUUUUGUUCUAUCUCACACACAAAAAAAACCUAUUGUCUCCUCUCAGACGUAACCGGGUGCAAACUCAUGAUCCUAGCCUAAACCUGCUUACGCAUCUUCCGUUCACACUCCCCUAAAAAUUAAAAGUGUCGCUUAAUUUUUUUACCGAAACAGUGUUCAAACUUAAAUGACUAAUUGAACUAGAACAAGUUCAAUCAUCGUCAUCAUCCGCAGUGAUCAGUCGUAUUUCCUCCUUUGCUGUCUCAGCAGCUUGUCUUCUAAUCCUGAAACGCUCUGUCUGUUGACUUCCAGGCGUCAGCUGCAAGGGUGCGUCCUCAGUUGCGAAUGGCCCUUUAAUCUCCAGUGGGUAGACCAAACUUAGUGGUCUCUCAAUGUGAUGGCCCUUGUACCGCAAAAUUACUCCUCUGAUGACCCCAUCUCUCCCUCAAACAUGACACAUUACUCUUCCUUUCUUCCACUUCGCUCGGUUUUUCUCAUCGCCAAUGACUAGCACGAUUUCCCCAAUGUCAGGUACUGGACUAGUCUUCCUGUUGACUCGAUGGCUCUCCAACAAACUGUGUAUGUACUCGUGCUUCCAUCUUUUCCAUGCAUGCUGUUUGGCUUCCUUCAGUCGCUUGUGAAGUUUGCUCACUUCGUCUCCGUCUUCUUCUAUCUCCUCUAUCUCGUGUGCGUUCUGCCCCCACGUGAGCGCAUUCGGGGUCAAAACUUGUUCUUCCCCUCCCUCGCUUUUGAGGUAUGUCAAAGGGCGGUUGUUCAUUUGCCUCUCUAUGUCGACUAUCACGGUCUUGAGCUGUUCGAAGCUUAGGGUUCUCCUGCAUAACGUCUUGUAAAGAGUCUUCUUUAGGUCUUUGAUAACCCGCUCAUACAUUCCACCCCACCAUGGGGAUCUGGAAAGGUUGAAUUGCCAUCUGAUGUCUUCUCUCGCAAGAUGGUCUGGUAGCCUCUCACUCUUCCGUAUUUUCUUUAUCCAGCUUGCAGUAGCCUCGAAUACCGAGGCCUUGUCUGAAAUGAUGAGACCAGGUCUGGUCUUCCUGGCAAUGAAUGAGUUCAGCUUUCUCUGAAACUCCUCCGCUGUGUGUGAUUUCGUUACUUCCAGGUGUACUGCUCUUGAGGUGGCGCAAGUGAAGAUCAAGACAUAACAUUUGCCUCGCUCCUUCUUGGUGAUUGCAGUCAAGGGGACCAGGGAAAUCUACUCCAGUUGUUUCGAACGGCCGCCCCUCCUCCACCCGAAACCUCGGCAUUGCAGCUGUCGUUGUGGAUCCAUAGGGCUUUGUGCUGAAUACUUUGCAAGUGUUACACCGAUUGAUCACCUUUUUUACCUUGGACCUCAGCCUUGGAAUCCACCACUUGUUCCGUAUGUUUGCCAUUGUGUUUGCAACUCCCAGGUGCAUUGUCUGCUCAUGCGUAUUAGUGAUAAGUUUCUAGCCAAACAGUCCCCCUUCGAUGUAUAUAGGGUUGUAACCGGAAAUCCUUCCACUACACCUCAGGAUGCUGGUGUCGUCCUUGACCUGCUCCCAGCCUGGUGUUUGUAAAUUUGGAGAGGUACUGCUUUGGAUCUUCUUGAUCCAACGUGUCUUUGCGUUUCCCAUCUCCUUCGGUGUCAACGGCCCCAUCAGCUUCGUUGUUCUCUGUCGUCACGCCAAGGAAUUGUUCAGGAACCUCAGUGCCCAGGCCGUUACUCGCAGAGUCUUCCAAUACUUGUGUCUCUCUAACAGUGCCUCCCACUCAUUGGACUUGUGCUCUUUAGCAUAGAGGUUUUCUUCCUUGAUAGGUUUGUGUUCAUUGUUGACGUCCUUGGUGCAUUCAAAAUCUGGCUGAUCUGGCCACUGCUUCUCGUCUAAUAACCAUUCAGGACCUGUAAACCACCCUCCAGUCUCCAUCUUGUGAAUUCCAGCUCCUCUGCUUCCCAGGUCUGCCAAAUUCUUCUCUGUUGGACAAUACUUCCAGCUGAUCCCUGUCUCGCCGGUAAUUUCCGCCAUCUUCUUGACUCGGUUUGAUACGAAAACUUUCCAAGGUUUUCCCGGAUUUCUGAUCCAAUACAGGUCGACCAUACUGUGCAUCCACACGGUUGUAGAAAUGAUGGGCCAUCGUUUAAGUGCGUUGUGCAGGUCUCUGACCAUGUUCGCUGCCAUCUGUCCGCUCACCAACUCUAGUCUCGCUAUGGAUGUGUUUUGUUUCGAGACUCGAUUUUGAUGUCAGUAGACCUUUGACCACUCCUGUCUCACCUUCGACCAUGGCUAUGGUUACUGCGGAACAUGCAAUGUUGCUAGCGUCUGCAAACACGUGAAGAUGUACGGCUUGUAUCCGACCUACUCCUCUCGUUACACUUCUUGGAAUUCUCACAGGUUUUAGUUGACUAGACCAUUUGAUCCAAUCUCUCUUCACCUGGUCUGAAACGUCCGCGUUCCACCCCUUUGUCUCAUCGCAUGUGCCUCUGUAGAUCUGCUUCCCCUUCACAGUUGUAGGUGAAAUCAUUCCUAGCGGGUUGUAAAUACUUGCAAGGUGGCUCAGUAUUCCUCUCUAUGUCAACAGCUGGUUAUCAGAAGGCUCUGGUACUUGGACCUCCAGCGUGUCAUCUCUUUUGUCCCAUGUUAUCCCGAGGAUCUUGCUAGGGUUUGUUGAAUCUUCACUUUCCAGGGUCUCAACGUCUGAUUCCCAUUUAAGGACGGGAAACCUUGCACUCUCCAGGAUGCUGGUUGCUUCUAUUUUGAAUUUUUUCAGUUCCUGUUCUUCUUGCCCGGUCUUCAUCACAUUGUCCACGUGUGUGUUCUCCUUCAAGGCCUGGACGGUUUCUUGAAAGUCUUUGCCUUGCUGAUCGUAAUGGUAGUUUAGGGUAGCAUCUAACAGAAAUGGACUUGACUCUCCCCCAAAUGGGACUCUGGUAACCCCAAGGUGUUGUUCUUUACCAUUGAUGUUGAACAGGAACCGGAAUACGUCCCGAUCCUCUUCUCUGACACCAAUCUGCAAGAACGCCUUCUGGAUAGCUGCUAGAACAAGAUGGGUGGACAUGCGUGCUCUGAUCAAGAUGUCCCACAGUAAGGGCUGAAGUGGUGGACCCGUGCACAUACAUUCAUUUAUGCUGUUGGCCAGUAGGUGUGGUUUCGCACUAGCGUUGAAAACCAUUCUCACUUUGGUCGUACUCACGCUCUGCCUAAUAACCGGUUUGUGUGGCAUGUAGAAAGUGCGGUCUACGGUUGGCGUUUUGGGUGCAACUUCCACUAUUCCUUCCUCUAGCUGCUCUCUUACGAUUUUCCCAUACUCUUCCCUCAACUUUGGGUUUUGGCUCAACUUCUUCUCAACCCUGAUUAGGUGUCUCCUGCUUGGCUGUGCGUUCGUACUAGACAACGAAGUUCCUGGAAUCCAAGGCACGCUCCGUUCAUACCGGCUGUCUUCUCCCCUUUUUGACGCUCUCCUUAAAACUACUGAGCACGUCCGACUGCAUGAUCAUCCUCUCCUCUAUCCUCUACCCCCAACACGUCUAAGCUGUAAAGCUUCUCGUAGUCGCUCACCUCUUUGACGUUCAUACACUUGUUGUCUGUGUACUCCAUGCCUCCAUGGAUGACCCAUCCAAACGUUGUGCCCUCUACUAUUGGGUCCUCAGGGCGCCCCUUGAAUGUUUGAUCGGUCCUUAUUUUACAGUAGGUCCUGUCACCCAAGAUCACGUGAAUAGGAUACUCUUCACUUGCUGUCACGUAAAACUGUUUGUCUCGGGCAUGUUCGUAUCUCGUCUUUAACUUCUUAACAGUCGGUCUCCUCAUGGUUGUGAAAUCCGCCAUCUUACUCCCAGUGAUUUCUACCCGCUCACUCAUUCUAUGACCUAAAGAAUCAAGUCUCACUUCAAAUAUGGGCAGGGACUGUUUCUGGACACCAUUGAUAGUGAUGAAUUGGCGUGACUCAUGGUGUGUAGGCUUCAAAUUUAGCUUCUCGAUUGCUUUUCUUGAUAUGAAAUUCCUCCCCGAGCUUGUAUCUGAGUAAGCCCACAAGGUGAUUCCUUGAAUCUUCAGUGGAAUGAUGGCUGGUAACGAUCGAUCUUCUGAGCCGGGGUUAUAUGCUGUGAACACUGUGCCGUCACUUGGUCCGUUCACCAAAUGUCUGUCACACAGGCUUGUCUGGUGUCUUGAUGUACACUGAAACAUGGGCGACUUAGGCAGUGACUCGCCCCAUGACCCUCAUGUCCACAGUCGUAACACAGUCUCCUUUUGUGAAAGAAAUUUCUUCUUUUUUCUAUGGUGUCGAAGACUCCACAGGCUUCCCCCCAGUGGUCACCUUGACAGUAUAGGCAAGAAGGGGCUUUGGGUUCACGGCCGGCCUCCCUCUUUCCCCUUGUAUACCAGUGCCGUUCCCUUUUUUUCAAGUCCCCUGCGUCAGUCAAAGAGUCAACCAGCUUGUUCCUUUUGAGCCACUUUUGCAGGCUUUCAAUUAAUUCCUUCAUGCUCCAUUCCUCCCAGUGAUCGUCAACUCUAACAAGAUCAGGUUUAACUUGUGGUAAUUUCUUCAGUGUCAUCAUCACGAAUCCUCUCAACAUGUCAGCCUCCCCCAGGGUUUGUAAGGCGUCGUAAUUUUUGCUUACAACUUCAUAGAACUCUCUUACGUUCUCAACACUGUUUCCUUUUACUGGUGUCAAGUAUAUGAUUUCGUCCAUGUGGGCGUUCACAACAAGCUUAGUUUGCCCAUGUUCCUUUUGUAAUCUCUCCCCUGCCGUUUUGUACCCCAAGGUACCUGGUUUAAGGUUAGAAAUUUUCUCCCUUACCUUGGGUGCCACCAUCUCUAACAAGUAGCCAAAUUUUUUUCGUCUGGAACUGGCAGUUUUAAUUUGGUGAGGCAAAAGCGUUAAGUUUGACAGAGUCUGUGGAACAUUUGUUGAACUUAACUUAGCCUCAACACACACUGUCUGAAUCGGGUGUCACCCCAGUGUUGCUUAAACUUAUUCAAUUAGGUUCGACAUAUGAAAAGUACGGCGUCUGAACCAGACCUUGCAAUGCAUACCCUGGAAGCAGAGGACCUUCGAUCUUCCACAAUAAGAUUGAAGGGCCUUGAGAAAGAUAUGUUGCAAACAGGCUUGUAAAGCAAAAUCAUUCUUGCACAGAGGUCAAAAGUUGUAAACAGUCAAUUACUUCCCUUAAUGGCUACCCAAAAUGCUGUAAUUUUGUGGUCACCUUAAGGAGGUGGUUGUUUCACGAGCUUUGAACCACUGGAAUUCUCUUUCUGGAAAAGGCCCUAAUACAUCUGCUUAUUCAUAAAAACAUAUUAUCCUAUUUAUAAUGGGAGAGUUGCUAGGUUGUCUCUAAAACUCAGAGUAGCCUAGGUCACUCAGCGAACAAGGAAGUGAGACCGUAUGUCAAGUGGUCGCUUAAAAGAGUGGAGUCUCUGGACAAAAUCCUGUUGUGUUACCAUUCAGAUGAAACCUCUGGCAGUAUUGUCUUUCAGAAUCUUACAAAAUGACAUUUGGAAAUUUUAUAAAAAAAUUAAUAACGUUGAUUUUGGUCACUUUUGGGUUUGCAAGGAUGAAUCAAUUUCAGGGUCCUACCUGGGCUUCCUACCUUCUAUUUUAACAUGUCCCACAUGAUCAAAUUCAGCAGUGGUUUUCUUUGUGUAGAACCCGAUGUUGGCAUGCCACUACACCAGGCUCAGCGUUAUUUCAAACAGCUCAUUGAUGGAGUGGUAGGCCAGUUAUUGAUACCUAAUGUUUGAUGUUACUGUUAGCAAGAGUGUUACUUCAAAUAAUAUUAUAAAACAAGGCUCAGCCAAUUAUUUAACCAGUUUAUGCCAUAGAUCUUUCAUCUUUGCACUUUCUAGGUUUUGCAUUAUUUUGACCAAGAAAGUUGGAAGUAUCAUCCAGCCUUGUUUCUCUGAAAUAUUGGGUGUCCUGCAGUCCCCAGUGUUUUCCAUGUAGUGCUUUUGAUUUCCUAUCUUUUGGCUUCAUGUUUGUACUCAUACUCUUCACACACAAACCAACAUUGGUAGGGCCAUUACAGUGAGUCUAGAUUUGUUCAUGAAAUCAUGGUUUGUGGCCAUGGCCAGACAGAUCAUUAUAGGUCCCCAACUAAUUUUUGUUCAUGUAAUUGUUGUAAACGGGAGUUGAUUUCGUGGCCAACAGAUAAGUGUCGACUGCUUGAGUAUCUCUAGACUUGGCCGGUUUCGGGCUAUCAAUAUUCUAAGAGACUUGUAAACACUCAAGUCCUGAUCACAUUCAUAUUCAUCGUUUAUUGCUAAAUCAAGGUACUUUUAUACAUAUUGGUAGCUAAAUCAUAGGUGGGAAAAUAUAGUAGGGAAUGCAUGUGGUUUCCUUUCUAGUAAACACCCUAAUUCGAUUGAAUGCUUAAAACACUAUUACACCUACAUUACUUACGUAAAUCCUGAGCGGCUAGGUUUGAGUAAUCAUUCCAUCCUACACAAAAUCCUAUCAGUUUAAAGGGUGUAGCCUGUAGCUUUUACGCUAUUCCGAUCGGAAGGCACAUCUAACUAUCUACUUUACACGCUGCACAUUUUUGCACGCUUGCUUACACAAUAGGGAUCAUAUUUCCGGUUCCUAUCAAGCUAGUAAUUGAUCUAUUGUUCACUCAAGAUUAACAAGUCACGAUUCAUUGUACAAAGUGUCACAAAUUCUUUAACUUUACUACAUAAUAUUGAUGUUCAUUGUGGUGAAAUGUAGUUGUUUCAUUGUACUCAGAUUUAACACUUAAAGUUAUAAUAUAAUAAAAGUGUUUCCUCAGAAAAACAAUACUAACUGACCAUGUUGACAUCUGGAAUCACUUUUAGGAGUACCUCCACAAACAAGGUGUUACUCACAGAGAUAUUAAACCUGAAAACCUUCUCCUGGAUGCUGAUGGUGAGAGCCAAAAGUGGCUUAUGCUAUUGAAAUAUAAACUGAGACAGUGUCAGUAAUCAUGACCCCCUAUAAAGGCCUAAUGCCUUCAUGCUGAGCACUUACUUGUUACAAGAAACUACUUCCAGGGUUUUCAAUAAGACUUUAAGUAGGUGGCAAAAGCUUUGGAGUAGGUGGAGAGGGAAAAAACUUGUGACAAAGGUGCAAUUUGCGAGCGCCGAAGGCGCAAGUUUCUGGAAAAAUUGUGAAAUCUGGGCCUCUUAGAAUGCUUUUACAGCAUUCUGGACCAAAAAUUAGAGUUUCUGAACAGAACACAGACAUCAUUAAACUGUUUGGCUUUUUUAUUCAGUGACAGCACAUGAAUAUUGUACCACCACUCAAAAGUAAGUUACCACCCUCUCGCGAAUCGUGUCGAGCGCUACACGAUUCUAUUUGUUGGGGUAAUUUCCAAAGAAAAGUAGACGGUGAGUGAAAUAGCUCGCAAAUUUUGCCAGCCACCGGCUCUUAUUGAAAACCCUGUAUGUGUUGUUAGUAGUAUAAUUUUGUUUACUCAGAAAAUUAUUUUUUUGUAAAUUUCUUUUUCAGACAAUUUAAAGAUCUCUGAUUUUGGAUUUGCUACAGUUUUCCGUCACAAAGGCAAGGAGCGGCCACUUGGUCGAAGGUGUUGUGGAACACCACCAUACGUUGCACCUGAGGUAUUGAAAAAUCUAGUCACUCAGUCAAGGAGUCUUAAAUUUCUCUGUCAAUCAAUUAACCCAUGAAUAAACAUCCAUCAUCAGGGCUCGGAAAGAAAAAGUGGAAUAAGAUCAUGGAUUCCAGCUUGUCCUUUGGGAAGCAGUUUUCACAUUUUGUUGGCCAAGGUCACUUCUUGCUCAUCUUACUAAAUGAUUUUGUUUAAGAAUUACUUGCUUGGAAACCUUGCCCAAGUAAAGUUUAAAAAAUUACUUGCCCAGCAAGAAAACCUACUUGUCCCGGACUACCAGACAGGAUUUGGCUCAAGCCCCUCCAUCAUUAGAACUGACACCUAACAAAUUCCUACAAUAAAUCAUUGUGCUGUUAGGUUUUGUCUGAUGGUGAGUACAGAGCUGAGCCUGCAGACAUCUGGUCCUGUGGCAUUGUCCUUAUCGCUAUGUUGGCAGGAGGUAGGUGACUUAUUCCACCUGGUGCCCCACCCACCAGAACCAUUUUUAUAUUAACCUAAAAUAAUGGUACAUGUAGCUUACUUUAUCUAAUUUGUCCACGAGUUUUGAAACUGAAUAUGAAUUUAACAACUAUCCUCAUCAAGUGUACAUGUGUAUAUAGUGCAGUUCUCACUUUUUCAAAUGCCACAUGUGAUCAAUAACAGUUAUACAUUAGUCUUGCUAGUGAAACCUUUAAAUCUAUACUUGCUAGCACUUUGAAAAUUUUGACACUUGUAAGCUUUGGCAAAGUAAAUCCAGUGUUUUGCUGUGUUUUGUGCUAGCACUAAAGCAUUUUCCCAGAGUUAGCAACUGCUUUUUAAAGUUUUAAGUGACUAAUGAUCAAUAGAACUUCCAUGGGAUCAACCAACUAAGAAGUACAAAGAAUAUGUUGACUGGACUUAUGGAAGACUUCAUAGAACACCAUGGACAAAGAUGGAUCCACUAUCAUUAGGUGUGUGAACUUUAUUUUCAGUAAUUUGUUAUUAUUGCUUUGCCCUAAAGUUGCAAACAGGGACAAUUAGAGUGUAUGUUGAGGGAUCUAGGAUUUUAAAAAUAAUGCAACUGUAUUCUGAUAACAUGGCCUCAGAUCACAUGACUGUUCUUAUGGAGGAAGAAUUAUAUUAGUUUUUCCAUAGUAGGAAAAUUUAUGAUAUGCUAACCCCUGAGAGUGCAGAUAAACUGGUCUGGGUUAUUGGCUUAGCUGGUGUUUAUGAUGGUGAGCAUGCAUGUGGGCAAACAAGCGGCUGCAGCUUAUUCAUGUGUUCUUGCCGACAGCUAUGUUUAUGAUACAGUACACCACAUUUCCUUGAAAAAUAACUGUCCUUUGUCUACCAAUUGCCUCCCCCAUCCCUUUAAAAGUGCUAUUACAUGGGACAAUUCCCAACGAUGAUUUUUGGGGCAACACAGCGUUCCAAUGCUGGAACAAUGUUAUAACCAUUCAAAACAAUGUUGCAACAAUGUUGCAACCUUGUGUUGUGCUAAAAAUCGUCAUUGUGAAUGGUCUCAUGUAACAUCCCCUUAAAACAAGUUUUGCUUACUUCCAAUAUUCACAAUUUAUUUUACCCUCUCCUUUCCCUUAAAUAGUGAACUCCAUGCACCUCCCCCCCUUCCUUUUACUCCCUUAUUAAAUACACAUAUCAUGGUUUUUGUAUAAAACCUUUUCCAUCUACUUGAGGUGUUUACAGCUGUAUGUACUUGAAAUUUUUUAAAGGAUUUUUGGAGAAAAUUCUUGUGGAAAAUCCCAAAAGAAGGCUCACCAUACCUCUUAUGAAGAAAGAAAAAUGGUAUACUAGGUAAAAAAAGGAUACCUUGUCAUGCUUUAGUUUGCAUUUCUAUUGAAUUUUUAUAACUGGUUUAAUAAAUAUUGACAGUUGCAUAUUUUUUUAACCUUUGUUUACUGUUUUGACAUCAGAUCAUUCACUUUGGCAAGAAGUCCAAGGGAAGGUAAGUGUUGUUACACCUACGUAUAAACACUUGUAUGCUAUUAAUCUUUAAAGAAGAAUAGUGACUAACAAUUUUUGUUUUUCAACAAGACCAAAGUCAACUGCACUCUUAAUAAUAUCAUUUUGCUUUAUUGUUGAAAACAUUUUUAUUAUACACAGGUUGUUCCCCAGGGGACACACCCACUGGAACAGCACCCUUCAAAAGAAGAUGCACUGAGGCAGAUGUCAUUUCUCCUAUUCGUUCAAGAAGAAAUCAGUAAGUUUCAACUACAUGUAUAUGUGUAAAUGUUCUAGUUCAAAAUGAAGUUUCAGUUAAAAAGUUUUCACUCUAGUUUGAUUCUCUAUUACAUCUGCCAAUUAGUUGAUUCGUCAACCAUCAUGAUGAAAUUCUUUCCUCUACUACAUAAACUAAAUACAUAUUUGCCACUCUGACUCCUCCAUUGAUAGCUAGCCUUCAUGACAGAUGCCAGUUAAUUUUUUGGUGGUAGGUUUUCAGGGUGCAAAGAAAGUCAUUUUGUACAGCUUGCCAUUCGGGCAAGCUGAAGCUAAAAUUUACAGCCCAAAUGUCGUUUCAACUAGCCCCAAAAACGUUUGAUGCGCAGAUUGAGUUCUUCUGUAAUUUGAAUUCCUCAAAAAAAUUCACUUGCCCUUCAGGCAAGUUAAUAACAGAAUUCACUAGUCCAAUAGCAAAUCCACUAGCCCCGGCCUAUCGGACACUACUUUCUUUGCACACUGAUUUUAUAUACAUGUAGUGCCCUAUGGGGACAGUCGAAAUUUCUCCCUCCACCCUAACAAAACUGGUGCCUCCUAUGCAGGCUAACAACAGCUGGCUACUGAUAUUUACUUGGAAUUUUUCUUGACUGAUUAACUUAGGGAUCACAUCUCGGCAUCCCAGCCUGAGCCUCGCCGACUGGACAGUGGUAUUGGAAGUGGUGACCUUGAGAGUGUGGAGGAUGAUGAAAGAACUUUGAAUGGCUUGUGUUUUUCGCAGCCUGUUCAUCUAGAUCACAUGUUAUUAAGUACACAGAUGCAAUGUACACCAGGUGCAUCACAGGUAAAGGAAAAUCAACAUCAAUUUUCUCCUAACUAUAUUAGUGAUUAAUAAAGAAAAAAGUUACGAGAAUUAAAAAAAAUGAUCACCGAUAAACUGAUGAAAAACUCUUUAAGAAAUUUCAUGCAAAAGACUCAGUGCCAAAUUUUAUGGUUAUAAGGAGCCAAUUUUCCAACUUUCUAAAAUUCCUCUUUUUCUCUUUAUUUAUGUAUAUGUUAAUUUGGGCUAUAGAAAAUGAUGAUGAUGAUGAUGAUUAUUAUUAUUAUUACUCACUGACUCCUUGAUAUUUUGAUGUCAGUAAUUCCUCUUUUUCAGACUCCAUUCCAAAGACUGGUUAAGAGAAUGACACGUUUUCACACAAAGAAGACUCCAGACAAGACACUCAAAAAGUUGAAGGAAGUUCUAGACAGUCUCAAAUAUAACUUUGCUGUUAAUUCCCAAAGUCAGGUAGACACAUUUUAACUUUAAAAUGUCAGCUAACACCAUCAUUCCAUGAAAAAAUUUCGACCAACAUGUCACUAUGGCAUCAGCUGAAAACCAGCAAUUGAUGUCAACUAAAAUCUUGCCUUGACCAAUAAAUUUUGAGAAAAUUAAUGUAAUAUAAAUAUUAUUCUUUUCAAUUAGGUGACAAUUUACACUGCUGACAGAAGGCAAAAUAAACUAAGCAUCAAAGUGAAUCUAAUAGACAUGAGCUCUUCUUUGUUAGUUGACUUCAGAUUAUCCAAGGUAAGAAGAUGUGCAGUUGAAACCUUAUUCAUACUGAAUGCUCACAAAAUCGAUUUACAUCUACAUGUACCCUUGUACAACGUACAACUGUAGCUCUCCUAUCAACAUGCAUGCAAUGAAACCUGGUUCUUGCUUAAUUUAGUGUUACUUAAUUUUUUGUAAAGUAGACACAAGCCUCUGAAAAUCCUCCACUCUUCCCGUACCACAUGUACAUUUAGUGACGGAAAUAAAUUAUUAUCCAAUCUUUGCAGAACAAACCUAGCUGAAACAAAGCAUUUCUGCUGGUUGAAUGUAACACUGAUUUAUUUCUUCGUAGGGAGAUGGUCUGGAAUUUAAACGUCACUUUUUAAAGAUUAAGGCACAGAUGAAGGACAUCAUAGACAGAGGAUAAUGCAUCCAGGACAACUCUGGUACCAUAGUAUUAUUGGCUUUGUUGAAGUUUGUACAAAAAGGACAUUUAAAACAAAAGGCAAAAACAACGACAACAAAAAUAAAUGCAGUUAUUGUUCCUGUUAUAUAAAAAGACAAUUCUGUUCAGUAACUUUUGACCCUUUAAACCCUAAGAGUGAUCAGCAUCAAAUUUCUCCUUGUAAUAGCAAUGCUUUGUAAAACAGAGUGGUCAUGAGAAUUAAGGACGAGAUCACACAAGAUGUGUUUGUUUGAUAUUUUAUCAACUUCUCCCCACUACCUCUGUAGUAAAUGAAUAGGGGCGACAAAGGAGAAUUUUCAUUUUAAUCUUAGGGUUUAAAGGGUUAAAGCUCGACAUAAGAUUGUUCAGGCAUACUUCUAAACAUGAACCCUUGCACACUGUAAGCUGACUAUUACUAUUAACUAUGACUACAGUGCGUACUGUAAAUCAUGGCUGUUUCUAAGAUUUCAAGUUGCUGGGUAUACUGUAUGCAAUUGGUCAGGGGAGAAUUAUACAGCUGGGAUGUUUCUACAAAUUCAUUUUCUUUUUGUAGCCUGAGAUUAUGCUCAUAGUAGCCAGGGAAAUCUCUGGCUCCUUGUCCUAAGCAACAGCCCUG